AUGGCUCAGUACAAGGGGGCCGAGAGCGAGGCGAGCCGCGCCAUACACCUGCUGAAGAAGCGGGAGAAGCAGCGCGAGCAGAUGGAGCAUAUGAAGCAGAGGAUAGCCCAGGAGAACCUAGUGAAAUCCAACAUUGACCGGAAGUUCUCCGCGCACUACGAUGCCGUGGAGGCGGAGCUCAAGUCCAGCAUGGUGGGUCUGGUGACGCUGAAUGACGUGAAGAUGAAGCAGCAGGCACUGGUGAAGGAGUGGGAGAAGCAGCUGGCCAAGAAGGAGCAGCAGAAGGAGCUACAGCGGAAGCUGGAGAAGCUGCGAGAGAAGGAGCACAAGGAGGAGGCCAAGCGGAAGAUCUCCAGCCUGUCCUUCACCCUGGAGGAAGAAGAGGAGGCAGGCGAGGAGGACGAGGAGCUGGAAAGGAAAGCGUUCACCACAAAGAAGAGGAAGCUGGGGAAGAACCCAGAUGUGGACACAAGCUUCCUGCCUGACCGAGACCGGGAGGAGGAGGAGAAUCGGCUCCGAGAAGAGCUAAGGCAGGAGUGGGAAGCCAAGCAGGAGAAGAUCAAGAGUGAGGAGAUGGAGAUCACGUUCAGUUACUGGGACGGCUCUGGGCACCGGCGGACAGUCAAUAUGAAAAAGGGCAACACCAUGCAGGAGUUCCUGCAGAAGGCGCUCGAGAUCCUGCGCAAAGACUUCGGUGAGCUCAGGUCAGCAGGGGUGGAGCAGCUCAUGUACAUCAAGGAGGACCUGAUCAUACCCCAUCACCACAGCUUCUAUGACUUCCUUGUCACCAAGCCACGCGGGAAGAGCGGGCCGCUCUUUAACUUCGACGUUCACGAUGAUGUGCGGCUGCUCAGUGACGCCACCGUGGAGAAGGACGAGUCGCACGCCGGCAAGGUGGUAUGA